GUUGGAUCCCGGAGGCGAUGAGGUCAGAGAUCAUGCGCACCUGGGCACGCUUCUUUGGGUCUGUAGGGAGAAGCCUGGGUCCUGGUCUGGUCUCCUCAAUGUACUGGAUCACUGCCAGCUGAGUGUGAGGGAGUAGGUUUGAAGUGCGUCUCCUGGCCACGGUCCUGCAAGAGGGUUCGGGACAUUAUUUUGGGAUAAAUCAAGCAAUAAACACAUUUUCAUCAUGGCAACGACUGUAAUGAGGUCACUGUUGAAGAAAUGGCAGGUACCUCUUCAGGUCAGGCACAUGUGUUACUCCUCCUCAGUGCCCACCACAAAGUUGUUUAUUAAUGGGAAGUUCGUUGAAUCCAAGACUUCAGAAUGGUUAGAUAUUCACAAUCCGGCCACCAACGAGGUGAUAGCCCGCGUCCCCAAGGCUACACAGGAAGAGAUGCUGUCUGCUGUGGACUCCUGCUCACAGUCCUACCACUCCUGGUCUGAAACCUCCAUCUUGGCACGCCAACAGAUCUUUCUGCGCUAUCAGCAGCUUAUCAAGGACAACAUUAAAGAGCUUGCCAGGAGCAUUACUCUGGAGCAGGGCAAGACCCUGGCAGAUGCAGAAGGGGAUGUGUUCAGAGGAUUGCAGGUGGUGGAGCACACAUGCAGCAUCACCUCCCUGAUGCUGGGGGAGACUCUGCCCUCCAUCACAAAAGACAUGGACACCUACACCUACCGCCUGCCCAUCGGGGUGUGUGCCGGCAUCGCCCCCUUCAACUUCCCCGCCAUGAUCCCUCUGUGGAUGUUCCCCAUGGGCAUGGUGUGUGGCAACACCUACCUGCUGAAGCCCUCAGAGCGGGUGCCAGCCUGCACCAUGCUGUUGGCCAAGAUGCUGCAGGAUGCUGGGAUGCCAGACGGGACCCUGAACAUCAUCCAUGGCCAGCACGACGCUGUCAACUUCAUCUGUGAUCAUCCGGCCAUCAAGGCUAUCAGCUUUGUGGGCUCUAACCAAGCCGGAGAGUACAUCUAUGAGAGGGGAUCUAAAAAUGGCAAGAGAGUACAGUCCAACAUGGGAGCAAAGAACCAUGGUGUGGUGAUGCCUGAUGCAAAUAAGGAGACCACUCUGAACCAGCUGGUGGGUGCAGCUUUCGGGGCAGCAGGGCAGCGCUGCAUGGCCCUCUCCACGGCCAUCCUGGUGGGCGAGGCCCGCAGCUGGCUGCCUGAACUGGUGGAUCGUGCAAAAGCUCUGCGAGUUAAUGCAGGGGACCAGGCAGGUGUGGACGUGGGGCCCCUGAUCUCCCCUCAGGCCAAGGAAAGGGUCAACAGCCUGAUUCAGAGUGGGGUGGAUGAGGGAGCUCAGCUGCUGCUCGACGGCAGGAAUGUCAAAGUCCAGGGCUAUGAGAAUGGCAACUUUGUGGGGCCCACCAUCAUUUGCAAUGUCACACCCCAGAUGAAGUGCUAUACUGAGGAGAUCUUUGGGCCUGUCCUGGUUGUACUGGAGGCUGAAUCCUUGGAUGACGCCAUCAGCCUUGUUAACAAUAACCCUUAUGGCAAUGGCACAGCUAUCUUCACCACCAACGGAGCCACAGCACGCAAAUACACUCACAAGGUGGAUGUAGGCCAGAUUGGGGUGAAUGUUCCCAUCCCUGUUCCUCUGCCCAUGUUCUCCUUCACUGGCUCAAGAGGUUCCUUCAGAGGAGACACCAACUUCUACGGCAAACAAGGCAUCCAGUUUUACACACAGAUCAAAACUGUUACUUCACAAUGGAAGGCCGAAGACUCAACCGUGAAAACCCCUGCAGUUUCCAUGCCAACCAUGGGACGCUAAAAGGGUCUGGAGAAAGAACAUUCCCACUUCCCCAUGUCUUUUGUGAAGCAACAUUUUAAAACUACUGUGCUGUCCUGUCGCCAUGAGUUGAUAAUUACCCAUAGUCAUUUUAAAAGCCUUAAUGUAGAAUUUGUACCCAAGAUGUGAUAUAUUUUUUCAAUGAUAUCUCAAGAUUCAUUCACUCACUGUGGAUCAAUAGUUUGGCUUCAUCAUUGAAUGAGUUCCUUUGUUAUAUGAAUGUUUCUACUAAUUGUGUGUCUGGGUAUCCAUGUUAUGAUUUUGGAAACAAUGCAAAUAACUGUGGAGCAGUUAAAACAGUGUAAAGUACUCACAUAUAUAUAUUUUUCUUUGUAUGCAACAUCUGUGUUCAAAAUAUACUGCCUCACCAGCAUUAUGAUGUUGAUGAAUGUGUAGCUGCCAAAUGUGAUGCCACUAUUAAUCAUACAUUCAGUGCAUCUGAAUGUUUGAGAUGCGUUUUAUGCACACUUGCUGUGGUGCAGUUAUUCAUGUAUUUAAUUUAGACCUGAACAGGUUGCAUUUGAAUAAAAAGCCAUCAGUUUAAAUUGAA